AUGUGUGUGUCAGUAAUCGAUCGUUUCUUUGUAAAAUUACCAGGUCUUAAAUCACUUUUAGAAACUUUUUCAGCUACAUCAGGUACAAAGGAAGAAUGUUUGAAUGCAUUGAAAAAUGGCCAAGUGGUGGCGGUCUCACCAGGUGGAGCUCGAGAAGCGUACUUUAGUGAUGAAACUUACAAACUUGUAUGGGGUAAUCGUAAAGGCUUUGCUCAAUUGGCUAUAGAUGCAAAAGUGCCCAUCAUCCCAAUGUAUACUGAAAAUAUUCGGGAAGCAUAUAUGAUGCCUAAAGAAAGGAGAUUAAUUAGGUGGCUAUAUGAAACUUCUCGAUUGCCAAUCAUCUCACCACAUGGAGGGUUUCCAGUCAAACUUUGCGCACACGUUGGAGAACCCAUCCCAUAUGAUCCAAAUAUAACUGCUGAAGAACUAGCUGAAAAGACAAAGACUGCACUCCAAAAUCUGAUACAAAGACACCAACAAAUACCAGGAAGCACGUGGAAGGCUUUAUUGGCACGCUUUGAUAAACCACAAAAAGAUGAUUAGAAAAUGUCACCUAUU